AUGAGAGCUAAACGUUCCAAGAAGUACCGUAAGCUCAUGCACCAGUAUGAGCUUACUUUCGGAUUCCGUGAACCCUACCAAGUCCUCGUGGACUCGAACCUCCUACGUGCCGUACAUUCUUUCAAAAUGGAACUGAUCCCUGCCCUGGAGCGUACCCUUCAAGGAAAAGUCAAGCCUUGUACGUCUUCCACUCGACUCCUUUCCCUUUUCCUUUACCUCUCAACAACCAAAAAUGAACUCCGGAUUCUAAUCUAUCCUGCCUUCUUCUUUACAGUAUUGACAAAAUGCUCCCUGGAGAACCUUAUGGCCGGUCAACCUCUCCACCCGCGAACCAACAACCCCAUACGUCCGGAGUGCCUCCCCCCGCCCACGACACUGCCAUUGCGUCACUGUUCGCAUAACGAAGAUUCCACGCCCAUUGACGAAACUGAAUGUCUUCUCUCGCUCCUAUCGCCGAGCACCGACUCGAAAAAGAACAAAGAACAUUACAUCCUCGCCACGGCGGAUCCCCCGGGCGCCGAGAAAGCUGCCGCCAGCGCGAAUGCCAAUAAGGGUGGCGUUGGGCAGAAGAGAAAGCGCGGCCCCGAUGAAGGCGAACUCGCCUUGCGACGGGCCCAGUCGCUGCGCAGACAGGCGCGGAGUAUCCCCGGUGUGCCGAUUGUGUAUGUCAAGCGGUCGGUGAUGAUUCUGGAGCCGAUGAGCAUGCCGUCGGAUGAGAUCCGGGAGGGCGUGGAGAAGGGCAAGUUCCGGGUUGGGUUGACUGAUGAGACGAUUAAUAAGAAGAAGCGAGAAGGCGCGGGUGAGGCGAAGGAUGCGAAGAAAAAGCCGGGGUUCAAGAAAGCCAAGGGUCCUAAUCCGUUGAGUGUGAAGAAGCCGAAGAAGAAGGUUGCUGAGACCGUUGGCUCGACGAAGCAGAGACCGGCGAAGGAGGAAGGGCAAUCAAAGCACGACAGUGCAGAUGAGGGCCCUGGUGGUGCGGAUGGCGAUUCGGCGGCUCCGAAGCCGAAGAGAAGACGGCGUCACCACAAAGGAGCGAGGCGAGAUGGCGAUGACGGUGAACAGGCACCGUCGCUCGGGGCUGAGGCUGUUGCCUCGGUGGAUGUGAUGGAGGAAUGA